GGUAAUAAAAUUCUCCUGCCACAGUCAGCUCUGGACCAACUAGCACGGCUGAAUGUGAGCUAUCCUAUGCUAUUCCAAAUAUCUAACUUGAAGGAGCCCCGUACGACCCAUUGUGGCGUUCUGGAGUUUACGGCUGAGGAAGGGUUCUGUUAUAUUCCCUAUUGGAUGAUGCAGAAUCUAGUCCUACAGGAAGGGGAUCUUGUUCGAGUGAAGAACGUGUCGUUGCCGAAAGGACGGUCAGUGAAGCUCCAACCAGUGACGAAGGACUUCUUGGAAAUUCACAACCCCCGAGCGAUACUGGAAAAUUCUCUAAGGAAUUUCGCUGCCCUCACGGCAGGUGAUAACAUUGCUAUUCAGUACAACAACAAAACAUUCGAAAUUGAAGUUGUGGAAUGCAAGCCGGCGAAUGCCAUUAGCAUCAUUGAGGCGGAUGUUUCGUGGUCGUUGGAGAUAGUGUCGAAGUGCCCGCACAGACCACAGGUCCAAUUUGGGGUGCAUGGCGAGGGGCAUGGGAAGCCUUGGAGACUUAUUACUACCUCUCGCUCGAGUUUAUCGAGUGAUGAUGAACCGUGGCAAGAUAGACCAGCAGGGGAUCGGCUCAUCAGAGAGGGAGAUUUGAUCAACAUCAUGGUUGACCUCCGAGGCAUCAACGGCAACCCAGGGGCUCUUCUCUACUCGGUCAAUGACGGACCUUACGAGGUGACCUACCACGCCUGCUGGGCCCAUGCUCAUCACUAG